AUGGGUCGUGUCCGUCGCUCUCGAACUCAUAAAUCCCAACGUGACAUUCACAGAGCUUCCCGAACCAGAGCUCGAACCAGAGAUCUCGAUCAGAUACAACUGAUCGACCUCGAUCCCAAAAAUCGUGCCGCGCUCGAGGCACAACCCCUCGAUUUUGACAAACCGGGAUUAGCUCAGCACUACUGCGUGGAGUGCGCAAGAUAUUUCGAAACUGAUGUUGCACUCUGUUCGCAUUGGAAAAGCAAGGUACACAAAAAGAGGUGCCGAGCGCUCAAGGAGCCUGCGUACACCGUAGAAGAGUCCGAACGUGCCGCAGGACUUGGCAGAGAAGGAAAACGGACAUCACCGAGUACAUUAAUGUCUACUGCUGUGUAG